AUGCAUUUUAUUUACGGGAAAUGCAGAGGCAAUGCAAUCACAGCCGCAACUCUUUAUAGGGAGAAAUACCCUAAUGCGCGCCAUCCAGAGUGUCGCGUAUUUAUAAGAGUCCACUCAGAAGGAAGAAUACCUGGUAGUGGUGUCCGUGGAUCUGGCUCUGGAAGAAUAGUUUAUCCUGAUUUCGAAGACAUGGUGCUUGAGAAAGUCGAGCAAGAUCCGUUGACUGAUCUAUGCGAGCAA